AUGAUAUUUGCAAUGUUCAUUAUUGAGAAAAUCAGUCAUGUUAUUUUUUUUUUGUUGUUCCCUGGUAGUCACCUCCAGCACAUGAAUCCAGGAAAUGAUACACAAAUUUCAGAAUUUUUUCUUCUGGGAUUUUCAGAGAGACCAGCACUGCAGCCCCUCAUAUUUGGGCUUUUCCUCUCCAUGUACCUGAUCACUGUGUUUGGGAACCUGCUCAUCCUCCGGGCCGUCAGCUCUGACUCCCACCUCCACACGCCCAUGUACUUCUUCCUGGCCAACCUGUCCUUUGGUGACAUCUGUGUCACCUCCACCACCGUCCCAAAGAUGCUCUGGAACAUCCAGACCCAGAGCAAAGUCAUAACCUAUGAGAACUGCAUCACACAGAUGUAUUUUUUCCUGCUCUUUGCAGGAUUAGACAUCUUUCUUCUGACAGUGAUGGCCUAUGACCGCUUUGUGGCCAUCUGUCACCCCCUACACUACAUGGUCAUCAUGAAUCCCCGGCUCUGUGGACUGCUGGUUCUGGUGUCCUGGAUCAUGUGUGUCCUGAACUCCUUGUUACAAACCUUAAUGGUGUUGGGGCUGUCCUUCUGUACAACCUUGGAAAUCCCCCACUUUUUCUGUGAACUCAGUCAGAUGAUCCAACUUGCCUGUUCUGACACCUCUAUUAAUAACUUGGUGAUGUAUCUUGCAGCUGUGCUGCUGGGUGGUGCUUCCCUGGCCGGGAUCCUUUACUCUUACUCUAAGAUAGUUUCCUCCAUACGUGGGAUCUCAUCAGCUCAGGGCAAGUAUAAAGCAUUUUCCACCUGUGCAUCUCACCUCUCCGUUGUCUCCUUAUUUUACUGUACAGUCCUAGGAGUGUACCUCAGCUCUGCUGCUACCCAGAGCUCACGGUCAAGUGCCACAGCCUCGGUGAUGUACACGGUGGUCACGCCCAUGCUGAACCCCUUCAUCUACAGCCUGAGGAACAGAGACAUAAAGAGGGCUCUGAAAAGCAUCGUUGGGGUUCCAGGGACGUAA